AUGGCUUUGACCAGUGCUGCAAAUCUAGUAAUGAUCGAUCUGCUAGCUUGCGUUCAGGACAGUUUCAACUGGUGCAUGCUGCAUCAUAUUUCAUGUUUGUUCAAUGUCAUACGAAUGAAGAUUGGUAGCCUGGAUGAAUUAGGCGAGGACGAGCGGUUUGGAGGAGACCGUGCGCUACUAAUUAAAAUGAUCGUUUUAGUUUGUUACAUAUUUUUCCAAAUAUUUUCCUACUCAAUGCUGGGUACGGAAUUAACGGAUGCGAGCUCAUCUAUUGCGGAAGCCGUCUAUAAAAGUAGAUGGUAUGAUCGGCCCGUAACUGAGCAACGCUUGCUGCUGCUCAUUAUGCUGAGAUCACAACGUGGAGCAUAUCUUACCGCGAGUGACUUCUUCGUAGUAGACAGAGCGAGCUUCGCUAUGGUAAAUGAGCUUAACAGAAACUGCUAUCCAAAGCAUUUACCUAAGCUCAAAUUUUCGAUAAUUUCAGGCUAUUGA